UAUUCGAGAUUAUUGUUAAUUAAUUAUGUGUAGAUUAGUGGUGUAUCUAUAAUCUUCUUCUUCUCUCUCUGAAUCAAGAUCGUUGAUGAUUAAUUUCGAAUUAUCCUUCGAACAUAUUACACUCGGAGAGAGGGAUUCUUGAAAAGUUUAAUCGUGAGUUUGGUAGUUCGAAUACUGUGAUAUUUGUACUUCCAAUAAAGGAAAAAUUUCUUUCGUUUCUACUACUGUCUAAUACUUGUGAAGAUAAAGAAGAAGUAGAAGAAGAAAUAGAAGAAGUAGAAGAAGAAGAAGACGAGCAAUAUCAAAUCACGUAACAUGGUAGAAAGUAUUUAUGCUGGUGAUUCACCAAGAUCACGUUCACCGAUGACGGAACCAUCGAGUCCUCUUCAAGAUGGUCCCGGUAUAUCCGGUUACAAUCAUCGUUAUUUAUACAAUUAUUCACCGGAAGGUCCAGCACAACACAAAUUAAAAAAUCACGAUGCACAAAAUCACGCAUCCUCGAGGCGACACGAAGUGGAGUCACGUGAAAGAACGUUCUCCAGGAGUCCAGUGAGUUCGGAAGAAGCCGGUUAUCGACCUCGAGAAAUCUCAAGGCCAAGUUCCUCAGCUACCAUGUCUUCGCCAACCUCUCUAUUUACCAUAGACAGUAUUCUAGCACCUAGACCAAUCGCUAAUAUACCUCCUACCAGUACUACGAGCUUAAACUCUAUGAUACAGAAUCCGGAAAGCGUCGGUUCGCCAUCAAGGACAACAACCAUACACCCUCUUCAACAACAGCUUCAUCAUUUGGCCUUCACAUCGGCGGAUUUUUUUGCCGCCGCAUAUCCUGCCUUAUAUCCAGGACAAUACGUAGCUGCUAUGGCUGCAGCUGGAGUAUCCCUUCAUGGGCAACCAACGUUUUAUCACGCUGGUCAUCCUUAUCAAAUGAAUCCAAGCACGCCAGGUGUUGGUCCAAUGACGAAAAGGAAACGUCGUCAUCGGACGAUAUUUACCGAAGAACAAUUGGAACAAUUGGAGGCUACUUUUGAUAAAACUCAUUAUCCUGACGUGUUGCUUAGAGAACAAUUGGCACUUCAAGUUGAUCUCAAGGAAGAAAGAAUCGAGGUAUGGUUCAAGAAUCGUCGUGCCAAGUGGCGCAAACAAAAACGCGAGGAACAAGAACGCAUGAGAAAACUCCAGCUGGAACAACGUCAACACAACGAGGAUGGAGUAUCGACUGCAUCGAUUAGGGUUACCGAUCAUUUGGCCUUGACCAGACAACAGCAACAGCAACAGCAACAACAACAGCAGCAACAGCAACAACAGCAGCAUCAGCAGCAACAGCAACAACAGCAACAACACGAACAAGAAACUGACAGUUCGGAUUUGGAAGUCGCGUAGUCGCUAAUGGAUUUUAUUCAAAAUCUUUUUUUUUUUCUUUUUGUUAUUUCUGUGUUUUUUUUUUCUUUUUCCCAACCAAGCGUCGCCAUCGAAGCCACCAAAAAUAGACUUUUAUUCUCAAUCGGGGGAAGCCUGUAAAUACGGAAAGUAGAAUGUAAAUAUUACCUGUAAAUAUGGCUAACGAUGAAUGUGUAUAAACGAAAUA